AUGACUAACGUGCUUUCUCAAGACGAUUUUCAAAAGCAGGUUGUUUCACAAUACACUGAUGUUAUUGGAGAAAAACUCGGUGGUAAAAUAUUAUCUUUCUCUGAUCAGUGGUUUGCUGACGCUGAGAAUUUGAUUAAACCAAAGCCACCAAUCAGAGAUGCCACCAGGUUUACGUAUGCUGGUGCAUGGUACGAUGGAUGGGAGACCAGAAGACACAACGAAGCCGAUGCCGACUGGGUUAUUUUCAAACUAGGUGUUAGUUCGGCAAAGUUGAUUGCCUGUGAAGUUGACACUGCCUUUUUCAAUGGUAAUCAUGCGCCACAUAUUUCCGUUGAAGCAUUGCAAAAUUUCGAUGCCAGUGACGAAAACUUACUGAAUGUUAAAGAAGAAGAUUGGGAACAGGUCAUUGCCAAAGUCGAGUGUGGCCCACUGCAGAAACAUUUCUUUUCUAGAGGUUCGUUGACAAACAAGAAUUACACACAUGCUAGGUUGAGAAUGUACCCGGAUGGUGGGAUCGCCAGAUUUAGACUCUACGGACAAGUCAUACCAGUCACUGAUCAAUCAUCAAGUUCUGUCACCGAUUUUGCCUCUGUUCAAAAUGGAGGUGUGGCCAUCAAGUUUAGUGACCAACAUUUUGGUACUGCUGAUAAUCUAUUAUUACCAGGACGUGGCCAUGAUAUGUCUGAUGGGUGGGAAACAAAAAGAUCAAGAGAGCCGGGCCAUACUGAUUGGGUUAUUGUCAGAUUAGGUGCUCCUGCUAAAUUACUGGAAAUUGUGGUCGAUACAGCACAUUUUAGAGGUAACUUUCCCCAAAAAGUAAAUGUUAAAGGUAUUAAGGUUGAUGACGAGUCAAAGAUCGAAGCAGACUCUGAUUCUUGGGAAGUGGUUGUGGAUGACUCCAAAACUAGUGCUGACAAAGAACAUACAUUCAAAGUCAAAGAUGAUUCAAAAGUAUAUUCCCAUAUCAAGUUGACUAUAAUUCCAGAUGGUGGUGUGAAAAGAAUUCGUGCCUUUGGUGUAAAGGCUUGA